AAAAUAACUAUCGUUUUCUUGAGGUUGGAUUGGCUCUUGUUGUUGUCAAUCUCUUUACGUUCCGCUGUAUUUGGGGUUUUAGUUGCCUUUACUGUGCUGCGAUAAACAUUGCACUCAGAUUUGGUUCGAUUAAACAGUAAUAUUGCGCUUUGUAUCAGUAUGGUUCGUUUAGAAAGCACUCCCCUCUACUUCCUACAGACUGACAAACCUCCUGUUUGAGAAACGUCAUUCCGCUCAAAGCACCAGCACCGCAGUAAACGUAAUUUCCAAGCUUUAUGGUUACCACGGCAACGGAGUGUUCCACCAUCUAAUGAUUAUGACCUAAAGGGGACCACUGAGGCCCUAUCAAUGAAGGGAGCACGAAUUAGGAAGUAAAAGAACUCGCACAGUUGUGAUCGAAGGGAGUUCAGAAAAGCUGAUUUGCAGCCCAAGUCUGAAAUAGAAGAAACACUGUGAAUCUGCAGCUGGGAAGAAUGAAGUCUCAAGACAAUAAUGAACUCUCUUUCCAAAAUUGGAGAUUUGAUUGGUAGGCCUGUGAGUGAUUUCUCUGCUGCUUCAUGAAGAGUAAAACCAUAAGGAAGAAGUGUACAUGUACCCAAACAAAAGAAUACAUGGCAUUGUCUGGUGAGGUCAUCUGAGGUCUCGUGAAAAGCUGCAUGUUGGCUUUUUUCCCCCACAGUGUUUUAGGGACCUGCAGUUAUCUGCAAGAAAAGAUGGGAAAUGCAGAGAGCCAUGGAUUGAAUAGAAUGUGGAGAUCUCAAUUUUCUCAUGAAGAACACUCUGUUCUGGAUAAGGUUUUCGACUCUGUGUCCGGCUCAAAUACCACUGAAGUCACAAAAAGUGGAAAAGCUGCUCAGAAGCAGAUUACCCUGGCCAUGUUAAAGGCAUAUAUGCAUAGGGCAGUGCUGGGCCCCAUGACAGUCCGACUCUACAAUGGAAUAAGAAGCAUUGAUCCAAUAAAAAAAUCAGAAGGUCUCAGUAUCACCAUUAGCAAGAAACAGUUUGUUUUAUUUCUUUCUUAUGUCAUGCGAGGCACUGCUGAAGAAAAAGCUUUCAUCGUUCAACGAAUGAUUUCCCAAGAUUCUCAUGACCCUGUAAAAGGAAGGCAAAUAAAAGAGUUCACGGGAGAUCUUAUUGCAACAGUGAUCCGCUUACUGCAAAUUGAGGACAUGCUAAGAGGUUGGGUUUUGGAGAAAACUGCAGAUCCUGCUUUAGGAACAUUACGUCUGACUAUCAUUCUGAUAACUCAGUUGAAGGCUAAAGGUGGACAAGACCCGACUACAGAUAAUUUUCUGAAUGCGGAAUAUGGACAGCAUGAACUAAAGGACUGGAUAUAUAGGGUCUCCUAUAUUCCUUCUUUUCUCCAUGUAUUUAUUGCAAUGAGCCUUCAAAUUACAAAUUCUGAGACCUAUGGUGAACUCUUCGGCACAAAACAUCUGCUGCCAGAGUGUGUGGGUAUAAAAGAUACUGGGGUGUUUACUAUUUUUGAUGUCCCCUCAGUUAUGUAUCUCAACACCUACCUGCCUUCAGAGCAUCAACACCAAUGGCAGCUGUUGUUCUCCUCUCAAUUCCAUGGGGAAAGUUUCGCUCGCUUUUGUAGUCUGGUUCUUCGCAAAGGACCAUCAUUACUGGUUAUAAAGGAUUCAGAUGGAUACGUCUUUGGUGGUUAUGCCUCCCACAGUUGGGAUGCGAGGCCACAGUUCCAAGGGGAUAGCAAAUGUUUUUUGUUUACUCUUAGUCCACAACUUGGGAUCUACACCUGCACAGGUUACAAUGACCACUAUAUGUAUCUAAAUCACGGCCAACAGACAAUGCCAAAUGGACUUGGCAUGGGAGGGCAGUUUUAUUAUUUUGGACUGUGGAUUGAUAGUGAUUAUGGCAGAGGACACAGCAAAGCAAAGCCACGGUGUACAACUUACAAUAGCCCUCAGUUAUCUGCCCAGGAAAAUUUUAGGAUUGACACUUUGGAGCUAUGGAGAGUAGGAAAUCCUCCUGAAGAUCAAUUGUCUCAGCCCAAGAGUGUACUAGAUUCUGAACCUGAAGCACAGGCCUUGCUGCACAUGGUUGGAAAAGUACGGAUGAGUGAUGGACUGCGAGACCCAACUGAGGACGAAGGGAAUGAAUGAAAUGCCUUCCAAAGGUGAAAGCACAGAAUAACCAGUAAAGUAUAAUAUGAAGCCUUUAUAUGUCACCAUUAUUCCUUAAAAAGAGGGCACAAUUGAAUUGUUCAAGUCUCUGGUAUCAGGGGAAACCCUUAGUUAACCAGCAGAUGAGGACAGAAUUUUCCGUUCUUCCAUAUGGAAUACUAAUUAAAUACAUCUAUCACAGUAAAAGAUUUUCCCAAUAUAAAGUCAUGGGUGUAUGGACAACAAAGCAUCUUCAACUGAUCCCUGGGCUGGUUUCCGCUUUUGGUGGAAAAAAACAAUUAUAAGGCUAAUUACUGUGACACUUAUUUGCACAAAACAACCUUGUUCUUUAGAGAAAAGUGAGGUAAGAUUCACUUUUUGUUACAUGGAAUGAAUUUUACUGGAUUUAGUGCAUUUUUACCUAUCAAGCACUGAACAGUUUGUUUAGGUUUUUACAAAGAAAUUGUGUUUUCUGCAGUUGCUAAGAUCCUAAUGCUGUUUCAUUUGGAGCUAAGAUCCCAGUGCGGUUUCAUUUGGAGCCAGAACUAUGGACAGUUUAUACCAAAGUGAUGCUUACCUUGGAUGGGGGAAGUAUAUUGGACAUGAAAUAAAAACAGAAAGUUCAGAUCUUCAGCAUCCACAGUAUUUUGCUUUUAUAUUGGAAGUGAUUCAGCUUCAGAUUUUGUAUUUUUUCCAAACAUAGCCUGGAUUUUCACAUGGAUUUAGAUAUUGGCAAUUUUAUCACUGAUUUAUAGAGCAUUAAUAAUUGCAAAGUUUGCAUUGUUUAAUACUAUUGCAGAAUGAUUGUAUUUUUCAAUGUACAUAAAUUUUCCUAUGAAAGUAAAUUUGUUCAAGUAAAAUUGUGGUGUUUCAAUGUGUUUACAAAUUUCUCAAGAUUCUGUGUGUUUAGAGACUGUAUCCGUGCUCUGUUUUGUAAGAGUCCACGUCACCUUAUUGAAAUAACUUGAAUUUUAUUGUAUGAAGUUUUUGUAGAUUUCAAAUGAAAACUCUCAUUUACUGGUUUAAUCAAGCAGUCUCAUGAAUCCUUGAAGGAUUCAAGAGUUCACAGUAACCUAGACUUUGUCAACUCUCAUACCUUUAUUAGGGUGUAUCUCUUUAAAUGCCAUUUCUGCAAACUAGCUCAUUUUGCUCAUCAGAAGUCCAAGAGUCAGCAACGUGCCCAUGGUGAAGAAUUAAGGGAGAAGUUCAUGUGGGUGCAGAUGAGGAAUAAAGUUCCUUGUUAAUAGUUUGCUUGCUUCAGCAAUAGUACCUAAAUAAUUAGGUCUCAUGAGAUGAAACCUCCAUUAUCAUUAACUACUCCAAAUUAGGAGAACGACCCCCUUUUCUUGUAUUUCAAUUGAAGUACGUUUGCUGGAACUUAAGGGCAAUUUUGUCAGUGGGUGGGGACGAGGGUGGAAAACAAAACAAAGCACUCAGUUUGAAUUUGAAUGUAGAUGACAUUAUGAUAAAUAUAAGCAACACUUUGGGUAAUUUACUUCCUGGGUGCUACUACUCAUUUAAACACGACAACACAUUAGUCAUAGAAAGAAAAUGCUAAGGCCAAAAUAAAUGGUUUUAAAAUAAACAGGUGAUUCAGACUGGGGAAAUUGAAAAGGCAGGAUCAAGUUUCCUUCAUCAGAAUUGAAAGCUUAAAGAUGAGCAUGAAUAAAGGGAGGGGACCAGACAAGAAGUGCUCCCAUCACAGAAGGAGCUAAUUCUAUUAAGCAUUUUGCAGGUCAUUCAACCCAGAAUUCAGAUUCAGAAGGGACAUAGAGCAGAGAUUAGAGACUGAUUUUAUUUUCUCUCCUCCCUUUUCCUCAAUCUUACAUGAUUGUUAUAGUUUUCACUUUGGAUGAAGGGUAGACAUCAGAAAUGUUAUACUGUUAAUGGUGAUUAGGGGAGAGACAGGUGUUCUAUACUUUAAAUAGAGUCAGCCCCUUGGAUUAAAGCCAGCUCACGUAGCUCCUAUUUUUCAAAAAAGAAACCGGGGACUACAGACCUAUCAGUUUAACAUCCAUUGUUGGGAAUAUACUAGAAGGGAACAAAGAAAUGUCCUUUAAGAUCACUAGGAAAGGAAGGGGCCAUCAGUAAUUCAAAACAAGGCUUCUGAAAAAAAAUAGAACCCUUCGGUAUGAAUCAAAUUACACCACUGACAUCAUGUAGGUCACUGGUCAGUUACAGUGCCCAGUUUUGAUGUCCCCUCUUCACAGUAGUGGUCUUGGAAAAGAUCCAGAGGAAAGCUGUAAGAAUGAUUCCUAGCUUAACCUUGGUUUAUUUACUUUAUAUAAUAUAGAUGUAGAUGAGAUCUAUGAACUAGACCAAUUCUCUUAAUUGUCCUUUGUAAAUUGUAUCAAGAAAGUGAUCUGUAAUGGUGAUUAAAUAGAAAAAUGCCACACUGAA